CCUCCCCUCCCUUCCGUGGAACCAAACAAAGCCUAACUUCUGAGUCGACGGCCUCUAUAAGCAAAGUCUCCCUCGCUCUUUCAUUUCAUCACCGCCUCAUCAUGUCUGAAUAUCCAAACAAGCCCCCCGGUCACGGAUACGGUUACGGUUACGGUGCGCCGCCAUCAGGCCAACCAUAUGGCUCGUCGCCACCCUAUUCCGCUAACCCCUAUGGCGCUGCCCCCCCGCCGCAUGGCCAAGGUAACCCUUAUGCUCCGGCUGCUGCUCCUUACGCUGCACCCUACGCACCACCUGGUCAGAAACCCCACAAAGAUAACUUCCAAACCCACGGCGGCAGCAGCGGAGGCUACCCGCCGGCGUCGGCGCCUUCGUACCCAAGCCCUUUCGCGACGCUGGUGCCGUCAGCGUUCCCUCCUGGCACCGAUCCCAGUGUGAUUGCCUGCUUCCAAAUUGCAGAUCAAGACGGCAGUGGAUUGAUCGACGACAAGGAAUUGCAGAUGGCGCUUUCCUCCUACAAUCAGAGCUUCAGUUUGAGGACUGUUCGUCUUCUCAUGUAUCACUUUACCAACACCAACAUCAGGAAAAUUGGACCAAAAGAAUUCACUUCUUUAUAUUACAAUCUUCAGAACUGGAGGUCCAUUUUUGAGAGAUUUGAUAAGGACAGGAGUGGCAAAAUCGAUUCAUCCGAGUUGAGGGAUGCACUACUGAGCAUGGGGUUUGCUGUUUCACCGACGGUACUGGAUUUGCUUGUCUCCAAGUUCGACAAAACUGGUGGAAAAAGCAAGGCUAUUGAAUAUGACAAUUUCAUUGAGUGUUGUCUUACUGUUAAGGGACUAACCGAAAAAUUCAAGGAGAAGGAUACCAAUUACUCUGGUUCUGCAACAUUCACGUAUGAGUCGUUUAUGCUGACUGUUCUGCCAUUCCUCAUCGCUUAGAAAGUAUUGGCUUGCCUUUGCGAUUGCUAGUUCCUGGGUUUUUAAACUGCAUGUACCUCCUUUCCUUUGUGUUCAAAUGUUGUAAGUAAAAAAGCUCCAUGAUCUUAACACUACUUGUGUUUAAAUGUUGUAAGUAAACAGGUUCUGAGAUAGUGAUGUGAUCUUAGCACUGCUUUCUUUUGUAAAAAUUGCCUUCUGUAUCGUCUGGCAUCAUUACCAGUUCAAUCUAAAUAAAUCAACCCUGUGAUACCAAUUUUUCCCCGAA